UCACUCUCUCUCUCUACGUUUUCGAGACUGGCGUUCUGCUCCUCGCGCCACCGAAGUCCGACGAAGAGAUCGAUCAAAUCGCAGCCAAUUCGAAUCGAACCCAUGGAUCUAGAAGAUGAAGCUGGAGCAGCUGAGAAUUCUGGUGGAGUGGAAUUGGUAGAUUGCGAAGGAGAUCCUAUAGUGGAGCCAUGUGAGGGUAUGGAAUUUGACUCUGAAGACGCCGCCAAGAUCUUUUACGACGAGUAUGCUCGAAGAGUGGGAUUUGUAAUGCGUGUGAUGUCUUGCCGCCGUUCUGAAAGAGAUGGCAAGAUUCUAGCUCGCCGACUUGGAUGCAAUAAGGAGGGUUACUGUGUUAGUAUACGAGGUAAAUUUGGACCAGUUAGGAAGCCAAGAGCAAGCACUAGGGAAGGUUGCAAGGCUAUGAUUCAUGUAAAGGUUGAUAGAUCUGGAAAAUGGGUAAUCACAAAAUUCGUAAAGGAACAUAACCAUCCACUCGUCAUCUCUCCACGCGAAGCUCGUCAAACAAUGGAUGAAAAGGACAAGAAAAUCCAGGAAUUAACGGUUGAGCUGCGAAACAAGAAAAGGUUGUGUGCAGCAUAUCAAGAGCAGCUAACUGCAUUUGUGAAAAUUGUCGAGGAGCACAACGAUCAGCUCUCGAAGAAAGUUCAGUCUGUGGUAAACAACAUUAGAAAAUAUGAACCUGUGGACCCGGGCCUUAUGAGGAGAAGUUAGCCUCAGUGUAUGGAUGAAUGCAGAAGAUGGUGGCAGGAGAGCGACAGGAGCUGUGCAUAUAUGCUGUGGCAUGUGCAAUCCAAGGGCUUCUUUAAGAGGAUUGAUGGUUAAUGAUCACUAAGCAAUCAGCAAGAGAUGAUUAGGGUGAAAGUACGAGUAUACUGGUCAUCAGAAGAUUGCGUGACCAUUGGCAGUGGUUGUACUACGCGCUUUAUCUAGCGAUGGAGAGCAGUCAUAUUGUGCUUUUGAUCAUGGAAGCAGGGCGAUUGGAGCCAACAGGAGCCCAGUCAGUAUGAAUCCUCUAGACUUGAUGACCAUGUGAUUUAUGUUCAAGAGGCAUAUUAUAUAGUUCGAUAUGUUCCUAGGGGGAAAAUAGCAAAUUAAAAGCUGUAGUUAAAUUGUUUAAAACUGAUCUUUUUUUCUAGGAGUAUUUUCAGAUGUAGGCCUACUUUUCUGCACUUCUUACAAGUUUUUUCUAUGUGAGGUACUUUGGAUUGGUAGUAGAGAUUGUGCUAAAAGAAUUCAUCACAAGGAACAACUAUUCAAUGCAAGGGUUAUCCUUCUGCCUCGUGUCGUGAGGUGUUUUUCUCGUAUCAAAAAGAUAUGAGAAGUGGUUACAAA